AUGAGCAAACCAGGAGACUACGCCGCCGUCCGGCGCGACAUUGCCGCCCAGCUCAAGAAGCCCGGCUAUGAUGACGGCAGCGCAGGGCCUGUUUUCGUCCGCCUUGCAUGGCACUCCGCCGGCACAUACGACGCCGAGACCGACACAGGCGGCUCCAACGGCGCAGGCAUGCGCUACGAAGCCGAAGGCGGCGACCCAGCGAAUGCAGGCCUGCAGCACGGCCGUGCCUUUCUCGAGCCCGUAAAAGAGAAGCAUCCCUGGAUCACAUACAGCGACCUCUGGACCCUCGCCGGUGUCGUCGCAAUCGCCGAGAUGGGCGGGCCGGACGUCCCCUGGCAACCAGGACGCACAGACUACGUCGACGACUCGAAAGUCCCGCCGCGAGGCCGCCUCCCCGACGCCGCGCAAGGGUCCGACCACCUCCGCUUCAUCUUCUACCGGAUGGGCUUCAACGACCAGGAGAUUGUAGCGCUCACGGGCGGGCAUAACCUCGGCCGGUGCCACACGGACCGCAGUGGGUUCGAGGGCCCUUGGGUGAACAACCCGACGCGGUUCUCGAAUCAAUUUUUCCGGCUGCUGCUGAAUCUCGAGUGGAAGCAGAAGACGCUGGCGAAUGGGGUCAGCCAGUUUGUGUACGUUGACCCGGACGCCGAGGAGCACGAGGAGCCGCUCAUGAUGCUGCCGACGGAUAUUGCGCUGCGCGAGGACCCGGCGUUCCGGCCGUGGGUGGAGAAGUACGCGGAGGAUAAGGAGCUGUUCUUCGAGCACUUUGCGCAAGUAUUUGCGAAACUUAUCGAGCUGGGUAUCCGGCGCGACGCGAGCGGGGCCGUCAUCAACACGGAUAAUGUCAAGGGAGGGUAUCACUCUGCCCCGAAGAAGAGCGAUGUACCGACCGGGCCGCCGCGGCCAGAUCGGGCUCAGAAGGCGAAGCUUUAG